GGAUUUUUAUUUUAUUCGCUUACAAUCUUUAAUACUGGUUCUUUGACCGGAAGACUUACCGCUGGUGUUGUCUCCGCCUAUGUAGGCAUCCCGAAUACGGUCAUCGGCUGCUCAUUCAUAUCAUCUGCUGUAAUAUUUUCAAUGAUUGGCUUGCGAUCGGAGGCCAGCGUGGCGCUGAUAGGUGUUAGCUAUGGUUAUUUUUCUGGAAGUUUCAUAGCAUUAAUUUCCCCGUUGAUAUCAUAUCUGACCCCCGAAGACUCAGAUAUUGGUGCUCGAAUUGGAAUAUCAUUCGCGAUGUCUGGCAUUGGGUCACUCAUUGGUGCUCCGAUCUGUGGAGCUGUCCUGACCUCGCAUUACAUCUGGUGGAGGCCUGCUGUCUUAGCUGGGAGCAUCGCGGCUAGCGGAAGCAUUUUGUUCGUAUCCAUGCAGUUCCUAUUGAAGAUGCAUCAAAAGACUGCAAGCAAGGAAUCUGUUUGAUACGAUACUUCGAUCAUCUAGUCAACGGCGGCAUCUAUGGGAUGGAUGAUUGGACUGUUGUGUUUGGCCACUAUGGCGACUUCUUCUGUCUUUUCUCCGGAUCCGAAGUUCUCAGUACUCCUGUUCCUUCAAGUACUGUGG